UCUCUCUGCCUCAGGCCCUGCUCUCCACUGUCAGCAGGUGACCUUUGCCCUGCUCACUGGGCCCUCCGUGCCCGCUGUCCUCCCCUGGGGACAAUAUAAAACAGGUCAGAACCCUCUUGCCUUCCAACUCAGUUCAUACCUAGAAGCAGCUACUCCAGGAGCAGAGGUGCCAUGCAGCCCCGGGUAUUCCUCGCUGUGACCCUCCUGGCACUCCUGGCCUCUGCCCGAGCUUUGGAGACCGAGGACGCCUCCCUCCUGGGCUACAUGCAGGACUACAUGCAGGGCUACAUGGAGCACGCCUCCAAGACUGCCCAGGACGCACUGACCAGGGUACAGGACUCUCAGAUGGCCCAGCAGGCCAGGGGCUGGAUGAGUGACAGUUUAAGCUCCCUGCAAGACUACUGGAGUUCCUUCAAGGGCAAGUGGUCUGGAUUCGGGUUCUGGGAUGCUACCCCUGAGGAGGCCAGCCCAACCCCGGCCCCUGAGGGCAUCUGAGACCUCAAGGUUCCAAGUGCCUGUCCACCUUUCCUGCCAGCUCCCUGGGUCCUGUGGCCUCCAGGGCUGCCCCUGAAUUAGCUUGAAAAGGACAAUACUCUAGUGCCUUCCCAGCCCACCCUAGACCUGGCCACCUCCAAUUGUGCUGCUUCCCAAUAAAGCUCGAUGAGAAGCUGCCGUGA